AAAAAAACAAACGGCAUGACAAACAUCGGUAUCAAUGGAUUUGGCCGCAUCGGCCGAAUGGUGUUGAGAGCUUUAUUGGAAAGGGGCUUCAAGGUUGUAGCCAUCAACGAUCCGUUCAUUGGUAUCGAAUAUAUGGUAUACUUGUUCAAGUAUGAUUCCACUCGCGGACGUUUCAAAGGCGAAAUUUCUGUUGACAGAGACGUUCUUAUUGUCAAUGGAAACGAGAUAAAGGUGUUCUCUGAACGCGACCCAAAGGCUAUCCAAUGGGGAUCUGCUGGUGCUGAUUACAUAGUAGAAUCCACAGGUAUGUUUACCAGCAUUGAAAAAGCCUCAGCUCACUUGGAAGGUGGAGCCAAGAAAGUUAUCAUCUCGGCACCAAGUGCUGAUGCACCAAUGUUUGUUGUUGGUGUUAACUUGGAUGCAUACAAUCCAUCGUUCAAAGUUGUAUCUAUUGCUUCAUGCACAACUAACUGCUUGACUCCAUUAGCAAAGGUUAUUCAUGACAACUUUGGAAUUGUUGAAGGUCUUAUGACUAUUGUUCGCGCUACCACAGCACUCCAAAAAACUGUUGAUGAGGUGACUGGAAAAACAUGGCGAUCUAGCAUAGGUGCUACCCAAAACAUCAUUCCUGCUACAUGUCCUGGAGCAAUCAAGGUUGAUGGUAAGAUUAUCCCAGAUCUUAAUGGAAAAUUAACUGGAAUGGCUUGCAAAGUACCAGCUGCUAAUGUUUCUGUUGUUGAAUUGACUGUAAGGUGA